AUGCAGGAGAAAGAAGCUGUCCAGUUAAUCGAAGCUGCAGUAAAAUCUUCCGAACUUUCUCUGCAAGCUGGAAAUGCCAAUAACUCGGAGGCCGUUCCAAAAAGGAUAUCUUUGCAACGCCCACCGUCUUUGAAGGCCGUCCCACGCACGGAAUCUCGGCCCACAAGACGACUGAGCAAUACCGCUCCGCGCCCGAUACCCGUUCCCCCCUCGCCUGCAUCUCAGACAGAAUCCUGGAGAGUACGACCAAAUCCGAUUCCAACAUCUCCUCGACCACGGCAGAUCCAAUCUCGCCCUUCUAUACCUUCCAACUUUAUUUCUUCAGGGCCCUCUGCAGCGGAGCAAGUGGAAUCUAUUGCAGAUGGUUCGAAAGACGAACUUGAAGUUGUAGACUUCACAGAAAUGGGCAAGUUCGUUGGCCACGAAGACGUCUCGGAAUCAACGCUGGAAAGCUCCAAGGAGGUACCCAAUCCUGCUGCUGCUCUAUCUUCAAGAGCGUCACGGCCUAUCGCUAGCGAUUUCUUUGAAGAGACGACAGUAAUCGAACCAUCCUUGAAGAAGUCAGAUUUCGGUGCUUGGAGGAGAAAGGUUUCCCAAGAAGUGCUUGAGCCUCCAGCAAGAACAGACGAUACCAAAACCCAGGUUGCUGAUGAGAUCGAACAAGUUGAUUCCUCGAUAUCUGCUCGGGAGCGUAUUUCACCCAACAAAAAUCAACUGCCCGCCAAGGACGAGGCGUCCUCUCCCGAUACUGCUGCGCUUUUGACGAAAGAACCGCUUAGUCAACACGAAAGCGGGCAAACAGUACAGGUUCCGCAUAAUCUCGUUGCUCAACGAACUCCUCGUAAUCAAGCAUUUUACAAGGAAGCUACGAUAACAGCAUUGGAUGAUGCUAUGUCGCGGAUCAAAGGUGUACUUGUUACAAUGCAAACACAUGAAACGCCGAAAGAACUUCCUGUGAACAAUCCUACCGAUCAAGAUUUGCAGCCUUCUCGUACAGUUUCGUCAGGCCACACAUCUGCCUCAAUAACUAGCAGAGUCACUACUAAAGACCGUUGGAUUCCUCCACAUCUUAGGCCACGCAAAUUUGACGAUAGCGACGAACCUCAGGAAGUCUUCUUGGUGACAGCACUGCAGCCCCCAAUGUCACCACCACCAGCAGGCAAAAGUGUGCUUCGGUUUCCGUCGGUAUCUCGUCCUGUACCGUUCAUUAACAAGAAACAGUUGCACGCUUUCUUCAGACCUCCAUUUCAAGCCCGCAUGGACAUUCUCUCUUUCGAUCCACCAGUGGCAGAAAUGAAUCGCAGGGACUUAUCGCUGAACGACGUACUGUUCCGCAAGCCUAUUAUCUACAAAGGUAAAAUCAACUAUCGCAUCGUCCUUCCCAGGCGCAGGGGUCCCAAAGUCAACAUACCAUCCUUAGCCCCGACGAAAGUCAACGGGAUUGGUGCGUUUGGGCGACCAACCAAUGCAGAUGGAGUGGCUACUUGGAGAAACCCAGUUACACCUUCUCCUGCGAAGGUAGACUUCGCUGCUGAACUGAACACCACAAGUCGUUCGCCUCCUCCAGAUAGCACCCCUCCAGAGGCUCACAUUGCUUCAAUCCCCAAGCCCAGCGAAAAUUCUCCUACAAAAUCUGAAAGCAACUCUGCAGUACGCCCCCGUGCACAACCUAAGAUGCCAGCAGGUUCUGCUGUAGCAUUUCGUCGUGAUUCUCGCAUCAUCGAAGCUGAUGCAACACCGAUAGUCAAUUUCAUCGUGGGUAGUCAGUUGGACGAUGUUAUAGAUACCCAGACAUCUUCCACCACGGAUACACAACAAGCCCUGGAGGAGAAAGCUGCAACAGUGACCCCAGUGACCAAUGGAGUAGUGAAACCGGUUCUGGCAUCUGCUGAGGAUCGGGUACCGUCGUUUGCGCCUAGCAAAAUGGAGAAGGUAGAUUCUUCAAAUGAACACGUCCCCGCGACGCCUCCCACCCAUCAUUCCGCGGGAUCAUGGAGCAGGUCUUCAGUGAGCUUACCCAUGAAGGACUCCCCUGCUCGUGCCCCAGAUCCUGAGCACCUCAAAGCCGUUUGGUCACAACCGUCCAAUAAGGCCGGAUUACAUCCUGUCAAUUCAUUGGAAGGCAUUGCUGAUGAUUUGACUGCUUUACCAUUCACAUUGCAGGAUGUGAAGUCCGAGGACGGGGAAACACCACCACCGUCAUUGCCAAGUGCUCCAUCGCGAAUGUCACUCCAUGAUGUUACUAGGGCUUUUCAAACGGUGCCAACGUCUUCCUCCGCCUCAAGUCAGCCACAGCAUCGGGCAACGUUUUCGCCUCCGUCUACUCACGCACCUGUAGCUCGUCCCACUGCUGCUACUUAUCCGUAUCCUCCUGUACCUCAAAACGGUAUGCGUCCUGCUGCCUAUGUUCCAUAUCCUUCACCUAUGAUGAGCCACUCACCGGCACCCGUCAUGUAUGGACACCCAAUGACCUCGAGCCCUGUUCCGAGUAGGAUGCAGCUCAAUGGGCAUACACCGUUAUAUAGCCAACCAAUGUGGAUGACCGUUCCUCCAACGUCUCAACCACACAGUAAUAUGAUGCGCCCUGUUGGUCCGUAUCCUGCCCAAAUAAUGCCUUAUCCAGCACCCGGCUAUGGCCCUCAACCACCGCCCCCGAACAUGAUGCCCGCGACACCCCAAGCACAGAAUGCAGGCCGCGGGCGUGGCAUUCCGGUCAUGAGUCCUGUCAUGUCUCAUGCACAUGCCCACCCUGGGUCAGCAAUGUACAGCAGUAGUCCAGUAAUGCUUCAUGCAGUGCAGGUCCCUCAAAAUCAUGGCUACAUGCCUAUUCCAGCUGGCCGUGGUCAGCCACGCGCAGAUAACGGGCAAAUACCGCCCCCCCAACCCCCGCCUCCACCCCCGCCUCAACAACAGCAACAACUUGCAGCGCACAAUGGACAUCAUCAACCUUCCCAUAGUGGCUUUAAUCCUGCCCCUACUCAACCCUUCGUCAGACCGACUUGGUGA